AUGAGCUGUUCCAUAUGCUCACGUGCCCCCCAUUCCCGCCUUUCUUUCCACUGUCCGACAUGUGCCCGCAAUCAGCUAUAUCAACUACGAAUCGACAGCACUCAAGUUCUUCUGGAGAAAGAAGUCCUUGGAAAGCAAAUCGAAACCGCUAUUACCUGUGGUAGCUCCUGGGAUAAGCCUUCCCCGAAUGGACAAGACCUGCUCGAUACGGAAGCUUGCUCUCCCCGCUGGGUCCUGCAGAUGAUAAGCACUCGACAUGCAGUGUCUUUGGCAAAAAGGGAGUUGGUUUCGCAUCAGCUUGAGGCUUUGAAAUUAGAGGUCGAAGCCAAAAAAGCCGAGAUUGCCAAGCAAAAAGAAGCCCUAGCUCGCAGACGCUCAGAUGCUGAAUCUGCCAAAUUUCAACUAGAAGAGCGGGAAACUGGAAUCCUGGCGGGCGUUCAAAAUACCAGCAAACGGGCGGAGCACGUUUGGCAUUCCCUCCAUAGCAAGACGGCGGAGUCACGUAUUUAUCUUUGCCGAGAAGUUGCCAAUCUCUAUGGCCUACGGAAGGCUACGAAGAAGGGCCAAGGUCGGGAGACAUAUGUGCUUGGAUGUGGUUUUAUCAUUGACUUGAGGGAUAUGAAUGGUAUUCCACAGGAACAGAUAUCCACAUCUUUUUCUAACAUCGCUCAUCUUCUGAUCAUUGUCUCACACUAUCUCUCCUUGAGACUUCCCGCGGAAAUUACACUGCCUCACAAAAACUAUCCUGUGCCUACGAUCUACACCCCCUCAGCAUCAUAUCGCUCGCGCGACAGUCACGAUGGAGCUGAUUACCAGUCUUCGUCGAGUCCAGCUGCAUCAAGGACGGUGGACCCGCGCACCCACACACCACGCCCGCGGCCUCUCUUCAUUGACAAGCCGCUACCCCGGUUAGCGAAGGAGGAUCCCGCAACAUACGCCUUCUUUCUCGAAGGAGCCACCCUCCUAGCAUGGAAUGUUGCAUGGUUAUGUCGAACUCAAGGAAUAAACCUCUCAUCGGACUCUUGGGAGGAGGUCUGCGAUAUUGGAAAGAGCUUGUGGCAACUGCUAGUUGCUCCACCAGCCCAUCCUUCAACACUGAUGCGAGCUUUUGCCGGCCGAGAAACGCAGACACAAAUGAAAUCUGCCAAAGACUCUCCCAGAACCACGAUUCAGCGGACAACUUCUUUUCCCAUGUUGGGUCACUAUUCUCAUGGCACGGCACAUUCUUUCCUGGGAGCAUCGGAAGGAGUUGAAUUCAUGCGAAUAUGGAAACUCCCAACCCCAACCAAGAUUGUAGAUAAAUUGAAGUCCAAUCUUCUAGGGGAAAUGGCCAGUGCGGAAUGGGAAUUACUAGAAGAAAAAGAAUGGGAUGAUACGUCCAUGGAUUCCCCUCAGCCAUCUGUUCCGCAAAGCCCCAAGGUCAUUGUUUCGGGCUCUCAAUCCGGAUCGGUGGAAACAGACAGAACUACUUCAAAAACACGUUUUGGGAGGACUCAAGGCCAUGAGGAUGCCUCUUCCUCGCGACCCAAAGGCACCAAAGGAUGGACUAAGGUAGCAGGUAGAGGACAUGGAUCGGCUGUCUAA